CAACUAUCUACGCUUAACAAGCUCCCGUUAUUUUUCUGCUUUAUUUGCUUGCGCCCAAGUCACAUCAGCCUUACUAACAGUGCGAGAAGUCGAACCACAACUGUUUAGGGCGCUCACAUCAGUCGGUUGUUAUGUGCAUAGUCAGGAAUGUAUCGACCAUUGCGUUGGCAAAACAAAGUAAUCAGCUUGGACGGACAGGAAACCCGGGCAUAGCUGGAUAAGGACAUAGUGACCAAUACAACGUAACGUUUACCAUAUAUAGGUCUUGAUUUGGUCAGCACAAUGGUCAGACUAAAAUUGCGCAGCACCGCAGUUGCUGCGCUGGUGGGAUGGCUUUGCAUGGCCCUAGCAGGUCAUCAGGCCGUGUUGGCUAAGGAAGCAGCAGCAGCUACUAGCACGCAUCGUCAAAGCCUACGCAGUUUCUUCGAUUCAACAAAAGCGGCGGCAGCGGCCAGGGCUUCAUCAAUAGCAACCGCAGGAACAACAGGAGAAAAAAGCGGAACAGCAGAAGGCAGCCGGGGUGGGAUGCUGUUGGGACCCAGUCCCCCUCUUCGGGAGGUCUGCCACAACACAUGUAACAGGGCCAGGAACGGUGUGUGCGAGGAGGGGCGACCCGGUCCGGGAGGGCCACUGUCGGCCACCUACCUGAUGGCCUACUGCGACUUGGGGACUGACUGUGAGGACUGCGGCCCCUGGCGAACCUCAGCUGCCCACAUACCCUGGGAGAAUGCCUCGGUGCCCGGACCCGUCCGCUUCCUGCAGAGCCGCAGUGUGCAGGUUCGAGUGCGCCCAGCAGUCGUACCGCCCGACGUCUCCUUCUCCCUUGCCUACAGCGACCCGAAGGCCGACUUCGACGUGUCGUACCACCUAGAUGGUUCCGGAGUGGUGGAGGCCGGGAUCAGCGCGAUUGUGUACAAGCUGCUGUCUAACCGUUGCAUGCCGCCGGCUGAGGAGGAGGGAGGCAGCAGCACCGGCAGUCCCAGCAGCCGGCGGCGGGGCCUGGUGGUGGAUGUGGGGGCGAACUUCGGCUGGUUCGCCGUGCUGGCUGCUAGGCUGGGCUGCAGGGUCAUAGCCUACGAGCCGGUUCCGCUGUUCCGCGCCUUCCUGGAGCUCAGCGUGCACCUGAACCACCUGACCCACCUGGUCGACAUACGGCCCUACGUGGUGAGCCACCUGAGCGGCCGGCGGCUGCGCAUGGUGGUGCCUGCGCGGGGCAUCUGGGGCACCGCGGGGAUCGAGGGACUCAACAUCGACAAGGCCAUUGAGGCCUCCCAGGAGUCCAUCUCCGUGCCCAGUGUGCGGCUGGAGGAGCAGGUGGCGGAGGGGGUGCUGCUGCUCAAGGUUGACGUGGAGGGCUGGGAGUGGGCGGUGCUGCGGGGCGCUGCGGGGCUGCUGCAACGACACACCGUCGAGAACAUUAUCAUGGAGUACUCCCCAGGUGUUCCGGAGCGUCACUUCCGUUUCGACGACAUGGCCGCCACGCCCGCCAUGCUAGUGGACCUGCUUGCGAAGUACGGCUACCGCAUUGGUCACAUCGGCGAUGCGGGCAAGCAUGACAGCGGCGGCGGCGGUGGUUGGGGUGCGGAGCUGCCUGCGCUGCGGGAGGUGACACUGGCGAACUUGAAGUACGAUGUGGAGGAUGUGAAGCGCUGGAAGGCCGGUACCCUGGGCUGCCCCACCCCGCCCGAGCUCCUGCAGUACCCCAUGUGGGUUCGGUGCGGUGGAGUCCCCGAGAUGAUCAAUCCCAGGAGCUUGAGGUCAGAGAUCGGCCACAACACCAACCUUUGGGCCAGCAAGGGCAAGGGUUUGUCAGAUGGCUUCUUAAGGCUCGAGGGAGUGGUGGGCAUCUUCCAUCCAGAUGACCCGGCUGAUAAAUACUUCCAGAACAACACCAUGGCUUUCGGCAUGGGCAGCCGGCCCUGCGCCCUCCUGGAGCCCAAAGUUCAGGUGCGGCACCGCUGCCGCUGUUCCCUGCCCGCCCGCUGCGGUGAGGAGGAGGCGCUGGUGCUUAAGCUGGCAGCGGAGGGCAGGAUGCCGCAGAACUACGUGCUACCAUGAGUAGUUGCUACUUGAUAAUGUGAUGAUAACAAGCGAGUUGAAGUAACGGUGUCGCGCCUUGACGUUUUGUUGGGGGAGGGUUGCAUGCGUACAUGCAUUGGGCUGGAGAGAUGGGGGAGAGAGCGGCUGCAAACGCUGCAAUAGCAUUUGCAAGGG